AUGUCAUUUGAGGUGAAGAAAAGAAAAUAUUAAACUUAAGUUAUAGAAGUUUAAAAAUAGUUAUUAGAAGAUGAAAUGGAUUAUAGGGAUUUAGAAAUAGUUUAAUAAAAUAAACCAUUAAUUUUGAGUCCUGAUUUAGGAAUAAUUGUAGAGAAAUUCAAUCCAUUAUAUGAUAUUGCAUUUGAAUUUUUAAUGUGUGUAGCUGAACCAAUAAGUAGAUCAGAAUUUAUUCAUGAAUAUGUGUAUUGAUAAUAAUUAAUAAAGAUUGACUUAAAUGAGUAUGUAUACAGCGAUGGUAUUAUAAUAUUCAGCAGAUGACAUUAUAAAGCUAUUAGAUUUAUUAUCAAAAAAUAGGGUUCCUUAAAAGAUGGAAAAUUUUAUUCGUCAUCAUACUAAUAAUAUAGGAUAAGCUAAGUUUUUUUUAUAAGAUAAGAGUUAUUAUGUUGAUAUAGGAGAAAGUGUAUUAGAUAAAAUUAUGAUGAAUUUAUAAGACAAGAAUAGUUUAUAGGAAAUAAUAUAAGAGGAAUAGAUUGUUCAUAAUAUUUAAGCGAAUCCAUAAUUGAAAAAUUUAGAAAAUUAAAUAUUAGAGUUAAAAGAAGCUGAUAUAGAAUAAUUAUCAAAAGAGAUAGAUACAUUUAAAGAUUGGAUGGCAUAAGAGAAAACUGAGACUAUUAAGUUUAAAAGAUUUAGAAUAGUAGGAGAUUAUUUUGAUUUAGCAUAGGCUUUAAUUCGUUCAUCAGUUCCUUUGAUUUAAGAAUAUGAUUUUACAAAAGAAUAAUAGAAAUUAGAUAUUAAUUUGAAACCAUCUACUAAACCUAGAUUAUAUUAAUAAAGAGCAGCAAAAAAUGUAAUAAUGGGAGAUUAUGCAAAAUCUGGUCUUAUUGUUUUACCAUGUGGUGCAGGUAAAACUUUAGUUGGAGUUAUAUGUAUGACUUUAAUUAAAAGUUCUACAGUAAUAAUUUGUGAUUCAAAUGUUUCUGUAGAAUAAUGGAAAAGAGAAAUUGAAACUUAUACAACAAUUGAUAAUAGAAGAAUUAUUCGUAUUACUGGAUUUGCGAAAGAUAAAUGGUAAGGUGAGUAACCAGUUAUAAUAUUAACAACUUAUUCUUGGUUGAUUGCAUAAUUUAGAAAUAAUUCAUCAAGUACAAAAACAGUUUGGAAUCAAAUAUCAGAAGCAAAUUGGGGUAUCUGUCUUGUUGAUGAAGUACAUCGUUUACCUGCAGUAUAAUUUUAAAAUGUUUUAAAAUAAAUUAAAUGUGCAAUAAAGAUUGGUUUAACUGCUACUCUUUUAAGAGAAGAUCAAAAAUUAGAUAAUUUAUAUUUCAUGAUUGGACCUAAAUUAUAUGAAGAAAAUUUAAUUGAUUUAAUGACUUAAGGAUUUCUUGCAAAACCACAUAUUAUUGAAAUAUAAUGCGACAUGACUCCAAUAUUCUAAAAAGAAUAUCAAACUAAAAAUAAUAUGUCAGUUAGACAAUUAUUACAUACUGGAAAUCCAGGUAAGUUUAAAGCAUUAUAAUUUUUAAUCAAGAAUCAUGAAAUGUUAGGACAUAAGAUUAUUGUAUUUUGUGAUUCAUUGCUAAUUUUAAAUUAUUAUGCAAUAUUACUAGGAUAUCCAGUUAUAGAUGGAGACUUAAAUACUGAUGAAAAAAAUAAAAUAUUUAGUAUUUUUAAGAAUUCAAAUGAAAUCAAAACUAUUUUUGUUUCUAGAGUUGGAGAUACAGGAAUUGAUAUUCCAUCUGCUAGUGUGGGAAUAGAAAUAGGAUAUUUAGGAGGGUCAAGAAGAUAGAAAGUAUAACGUUUAGGAAGAGUUAUGAGACCAAAAUAAAAUACUAAUAAUGAUAUAUAGGCUUUCUUCUAUUCUUUAGCAAGUAAAGACACUACAGAAAGUGAAUAUUCAUAUAAAAGAUAAAAGUAUAUAACAGAGUAGUUAGGAUUAAAUACAGAAUUGUUAUUGGAAAAUGAUUUACCUUACAACAAAAAUCCUUAGAAAUACAAAUAUCUAAAAUAAAUGAAUGAAAUGGAUUUAUUAGAAUAAAUAAUGUUAUCAUCUAAUGAUUUAACUAAUAAGGAUCCAUAAUUUAUUGAAGAGGAAGUUUAAGUGAUAACUAAUACUUUUUCAUAAGAAUUUGGAGGUGUUUACAAAUUUUAGUGAUUGUUUUUAAAUUUUGUAUUUUAUAUUUAUGAAUUAAAAAAUAGACAAUAUGUCAGAAGAACAAUUAAUGUAAGAAUAUGCAAAACUACCUUUUGAAUAUUUUGCUAAAGAGAGAUGGGAUUAUUAUAUAAAAGUACAUCCUAAUAUGAGUUAAAGUGUAAUUGCGAUUUCGAUGGUAUAUGAUUGGUUAAACUUGUCUGGUUAUAAGCGAGAUGCUUAUGAAAUUUCAAGAAGGUCAAAAUAAAAUGAAAUCAUAAAUAAGAUUGUUUUUCGAAAAAAGUAAAGCGCUCUAAAAAAAUUGGGUGUAUAAUUUCAAAUAAACUACUGCUGUUCAUAGUAGAUAUUCAAACAAAAAGCAGAUGCACUGAAAAAGAGUUUAGAAAGCCUUUUUCCUGAAUUAAGUUGUAAUAAUUAUGCAAUUGGCGGUAAAUCAGAAGAAAUUGCAGUAUAUGCAAUUUAAGAUAAGAAACCAUUCUUGAUUUGGCAUAGUCAUAUAGAUGAACCUGAAGAUCUCACAUAAACAUUUGGAAGACUUGAUUAAAUAUUCUAAUAAUUUAAAUAAUGA